AUGCACUCCGCACCCAUCAUUGCUGCGGGCUUUGCUGCCCUGGCGCAGGCCGCCACACCAACCGUCUCCGGAACCCCUGAAGGGUUCGCUGCCUCGGUCACUGGUGGUGGUGAUGCCGCUGCUGUCACCCCUUCCACGACUGAUGAGCUUGUCAAGUACCUAACCGACGACGAGGCUCGCGUCAUCGUCCUUACCAAGACCUUCGACUUCACCGGAACUGAGGGUACCGCCACCGAGUCUGGAUGUGCUCCCUGGGGAACUGGCUCUGGUUGCCAGCAGGCCAUCAACAAGGACGGCUGGUGCGACAACUACCAGGCCGAUGCCCCUACCGUCGAGGUCACAUAUGACAAGGCGGGUUUGACCCCCAUUGAGGUCACCUCGGACAAGACCAUCCUUGGCUCUGGCACCUCUGGAGUUAUCAAGGGCAAAGGUCUCCGCAUGGCCAACGGCGUGAAGAACGUCAUCAUCCAGAACAUCCGCAUCACCGAGCUGAACCCUCAGUACGUCUGGGGAGGUGACGCUAUCACCCUAGCCGGUACCGACCUGAUCUGGAUCGAUCACGUCACCACCGACCACAUCGCCCGCCAGCACAUCGUCCUGGGCGAGGAUGCUUCCGGUCGUGUCAGCAUCACUAACAGCAACAUUGACGGAGAGUCGGAAUACUCUGCUACAUGUGAUGGUUAUCAUUACUGGAACCUGUACUUCACUGGCGCCAGCGACCAGAUCACCUUCAAGAACAACUACGUCCACCACUUCUCCGGCCGUGCCCCCAAGCUCGCAGGCAACACCGUCCUGCACGCCGUGAACAACUACUGGCACGAGUCCAGCGGUCACGGCUUCGAGAUCGGCGAGGGCGCCUAUGUCCUGGCUGAGGGCAACGUCUUUGGUGACGUGGCCACCAUCUACGAGGACGGCGAUGCCACCACGGCCUACGUCGUCAACGACUCCUCCAUGGAGAGCGCCUGCUCCAGCGCGCUCGGCCGUGAUUGCGUCUCCAACAGCUACGACAACUCUGGCAAGUUCGAGAUGACCGACAGCUCCGUUCUCGACAAGUUCAGCGGCGCCGACGACAUCGCCAAGGCUGGCGACGUCUCCUCCGUCACCGGACUGUCCGGCUCUGCUGGGUUCGGUACCAUGUAAAUUGCUCAUAUGAUUACUUGCUUAUGAGGCACGGAGAUGGG